GGAGCCCAAUUCGGGGCUUGAUUCCACGACCUGGGGAUCACAACCUGAGCCCAAGGAAGACACUUAGCCAACUGAGCCACCCAGGGACCCCCUCUAUGGUAUCUUUAAUGUUUUUGCCUAACCUCCUUCCUGAUAUGGUCACUUCGGUGAGUAGACUUUCUGACCACAGAGGAUGUGGUCAGCGUGGAUCAGGAGACAGACAGGGGCAUGUGCUUGGACAAUGUUCAGCUUUGUUUCAGAGCGAAUGACAACACUCUCCAGAGUGUCCAGAGAGGCUUUGCAACUGCUCUGGGGUUCAUGCUGGUAGCCAGCUGCUCUGUCCAGCUCCAGGAACCUCUCGUUCAGAGUGCAGCUGGUGGGACAAGUGUUCCAUUAGCAGUUUGCCAACCAGACGCAAUUUUGUCCCCCCAAGGAACUUCUGGUAAUGCGCAGAGACUGUUUCAGUGGCCCCGACUAGAGGGCGCAACCGGCAUCUAGUGGGGGAAAGGCCAGGGAUGCUGCCCUGAACACAAAGGCCAGUCCCCCACCACAAGGAGUUACCUUGAACAAAGUGUCUAUGGUGCUGAGAUUGAGAAACCCAGCCUCACACAGGAAAAAUCGAUCUCACAUUGCUUUGCGACAGAUGUGCAAAUAGAAGCCCCAGGGAUCUUCAAAGAAGGGAGACCGUGCUGGGUCUGGUAGCCCAGCGCUCUGCCUCGUUCCCAGGGGGAAUGUCGGAGAACGGAGAGCAGGCGGUGCGCGCUGCUGCGGUGGGAUGGAGACAGAAGGGGCAGGCACGUGCCGCGGACCCCGAGGACCUUGAUCCGGCAGGGUUCCAGGUCGCUGGUGGAGAAGCAGGGGACAACCGAGAGGGCUGGGCAGCACUGGACCCUGCAGAAAUUGCCCUCACAGUCAUCAUGACCUUGCUUGCCCUGGGCUCAGUCAUCAUCUUCCUGGAGGAUGCUGUCUACCUGUACAAGAACACACACUGUCCCAUCAAGAGGACCACCCUGCUCUGGAGCAGCUCUGCACCCACGGUCGUGUCUGUGUUCUGCUGUUUUGGUCUCUGGAUCCCUCGUUCACUCAUGCUCGUGGAAAUGGCCAUUACCUCGUUUUACGCAGUAUACUUUUACCUGCUGAUGAGGGUCAUGGUGGAAGGCUUUGGUGGGAAGGAGGCAGUAAUGAGGACACUGAAGGACACUCCGAUGAUGGUCCACACAGGCCCCUGCUGCUGCUGCUGCCCCUGCUGCCCCCCACUCAUGCUCACCAGGAAGAAGCUUCAGCUGCUGAUGUUGGGCCCGUUCCAGUAUGCCUUCUUCAAGAUAACACUGAGCCUCGUGGGCCUGUUUCUCAUCCCCGAUGGCAUCUUUGACCCAGCAGACAUUUCUGAGGAAAGCACAGCUCUGUGGAUCAACACUUUCCUCGGUGUGUCUACCCUGUUGGCUCUCUGGGCCCUGGCCAUCAUUUUCCGUCAAGCCAAGAUGCACCUGGGCGAGCAGAAUAUAGGAGCCAAAUUUGUCCUCUUUCAGGUGCUCCUCAUCCUGACUGCCCUGCAGCCAUCCAUCUUCUCAGUCUUGGCCAACAGUGGGCAGAUUGCUUGUUCACCUCCCUUUUCCUCUAAAAUCAGGUCUCAAGUUAUGAAUUGCCAACUCCUCGUACUGGAGACUUUUCUAAUGACUGUGCUGACACGCAUGUACUACCGAAGGAAAGACAACAAGGUUGGAUAUGAACCUUUUUCUUCCUCAGACCUGGAUUUGACUUCAAAUUCCAAAGUGGACAUUGAAAGAAACACUGUACACAUUAAAUGGGCACAAGAUUUCCUCACUGUCCCUCAACCUUGACCACAGGGGAAUGGAUUCCAUUUCCAGAACAAGGUGACAGAUUACAUUUGACUGUAGGAGAUGAAGAAUUAUGGAAUAGAAUGCAAUUAUUUUGGACCUUGUCUGGAGAAGGUAUUUUAAGUUUUAUAAUAAACAGGAUAGAGUUUAAAAUUCUACAGUUGGGUACAUUGCCUCUGUGGGUGACACUAUUAGCCCUUGAAGCUUGUAUAUUGAAAGGUCACUCUGAGUUUUCCCAAAGCCAAUGAAAGGGGGGGAAGUAUGUGGUAGUUUGCCUGUUGUAAGAACAGGAGUAGAAAUCAACCAGGCAAGCCCUUACGAUUAUUGUGGCAUUACUUACAAUAACCAAAAUAUGGAAGCAACGUAAGUGUCCAUCAAUAGAAGAAUGGAUAAGGAAAAUGUGGUAUAGCUAUACAAUGGAAUAUUAUACAGCCAUAA